UGUGCCGGCACCACAGCAUUUAUCGACUUUUGCGGUACUUCUAAAGGCGUUCUUGUACUAAUGCCUUCAAAUGGCGAGUCAGAUCCUGCCGAAUCAAAGAAGAAAAUAGCAUGCGCUUCAAUUUUUGGCUGCCAAAAGGGCAUAAUCUUCUCCAUCGACACUUUGCGAAGGUCUGUCCAAAACCAAGAGGAUAAUCAGGGUCUCUUAGUUGCUACAGCUGCCGAAGAUCGUUCGGUGGUCAUUUGGGAGAACAAAAAAGUCGCCGCUUGUGAAUUGUCCCCUGACAAUUACAAGGCUUGGUGUCCUCUGUGGAUGCUGGCGGCCACCGAUCCAGCUAAUGACCAAGUUUUGUUCGCCGCUCGAGUUUGGUGCGUUCGGCUGUGUAAUUGGGGUCUGGUUACCUCUGGCGAGGACUGUGCGAUUUCACUCUUUUCGUGGCCCCGCGAGCGUCUUAAGGCCUUUGCUAAGCCACUGGUUCUCCGGGACAUUCAUCGUGGAAGGAAUAUUUGGAGUCUCGCCGUACUCUUUAAAUCCGAAACUGACGAACUACUGCUAGCGAGUGGCGGUGGCGAUGGUGCGGUCGCGUUGACAAACCUUCGCGUCAGUUGUCUAGAUUCUGCUGAUAUCAACACAGAGAGUGAAACAGAAGGACAAAUUACCAAGCUCAUCUCUGUCGGUAGGAUCAAAGGUUUACCUUCCUCUGCGUCCGCUAAUCCUAGACCAGAAACAAUUAUUGCCGAACCGGAACCGUCCUUUGAACAGCAGAGCUUCGUUGGGCAAGAUCCUACUACAAGAAGCAUCUCCAAACCGCUACAGUUUUUAAACAAACCCCGCACUGUCUUUAUUGGCUCAAAAGGACGAAUCUAUUGCAUUUUGGAAUCUGGGCUGGACAGUAUCAUGGACUGCGAUCAUCCUGAUUAUACCACUCUUUUGAUUGCCACAUGCAUAGGGAUGGACUGCAGCAUCCUUGUCGAUCUGGAUGCCCGUGAGGAUGAAACUGAAUGGUGUCUCAGCAUCGUCCUUUUGCUGAACCAUUUAUCAUUACAUGCUUGA